ACUGAGACGCACCAAACAUCUUCUGCGUGUACCAUGUGACAGCGGCAAAAUUAGCAAUCAGACAAAUUCCAUAGAGUGCACAUUUUGUCCUGAUGACUUCUGGUCAAAUAUUGACAGAACCGUCUGCGUCCUCAAGAUAGUGGAGUUCUUGGCCUAUGAUUCCUUGGGUAUAGCCCUGACAGUGAUCUCUGUGGUGGGUGCCAGCCUCACUAUAGCUGUCUUUGCUGUCUUUUUCUACCAUAGAAACACAGCCAUCGUCCGUGUAAAUAACUCUGUUCUCAGCUUCUUCAUCCUCUUUGCUCUGACACUGUGUUUCCUGUGUUCCCUGGUGUUCAUUGGAGAGCCAACAUAUUGGUCCUGUAUGCUGCGACACACUAUUUUUAGUAUAACCUUUUCAUUUUGCAUCUCCUGUAUUCUGGGGAAGACCCUGGUGGUGUUGGCUGCUUUCACUGCCACCACACCAGGGGACAACAUCAUGAAGUGGCUGGGGCCAAAGCAGCAGAGGGCCAUUAUUUUCAUUUGCACUGUAAUUCAAGUGGUUAUCUGUGCUGCCUGGCUCAUUGAGUCUCCCCCUUUUCCAUCCCGAAAUACACAAUACGAAAUUUCAAAGAUCAUACUGGAGUGCAGCGUAGGUUCCAGUCUUGCAUUCUGGUGCGUUCUGGGAUACAUUGGUCUACAGGCCUGCCUGUGCUUUAUACUGGCUUUUCUAGCACGUAAACUGCCUGGCAAUUUCAACGAGGCCAAGGUCAUCACUUUUAGCAUGCUGAUAUUUUGUGCUGUGUGGCUAUCAUUCGUCCCUGCUUAUAUCAGCUCUCCUGGGAAAUAUGCUGAUGCAGUGGAGUCAUUUGCCAUUCUGGCUUCCAGCUUUGGCUUGUUGUUCUGCCUGUUUGCUCCAAAGUGUUUCAUUAUUUUACUAAAGCCAGAGAAAAAUACAAGACAGCACCUAAUGGGAAAAUAA